GGCGGCCUGCGCGCGCCCCGUCUCCAUGGCGACGGACUUUUCUCGGCGAGGACCCCAGCGGUGGGGCUGCCCGGCGGCGCCUGCCCUGCGCGAGGAGCUCGCGAACCGAGCGGUUGACGCCAGGGUUAAUAACUAAUAUUUAUAUAAAACGAGAAAGAUGUCAUUCCGUAAAGUGAAUAUCAUCAUCCUGGUCCUGGCUGUUGCUCUCUUCUUGCUGGUUUUGCACCAUAACUUCCUCGGCCUGAGCAGUUUGCUGAGGAAUGAGGUUUCAGAUUCAGGAAUUGUGGGGCUUCAGCCCGUAGACUUUGUCCCAGAUGCUCCCCAACAUGUGGUAGACGGGAGACAAGAGGAGAUUCCUGUGGUCAUUGCUGCAUCUGAAGAUAGGCUCGGGGGGGCCAUUGCAGCCAUAAACAGCAUUCAGCACAACACUCGCUCCACUGUGAUUUUCUACAUUAUUACGCUCAACGGUACAGCAGACCAUCUCCGGUCCUGGCUCAGCAGCAGUACCCUGAAAAGCAUCAGGUACAAAAUUGUGAAUUUUGACACUAAACUUUUGGAAGGGAAAGUAAAGGAGGAUCCUGACCAGGGGGAAUCCAUAAAACCAUUAACCUUUGCAAGGUUCUACUUGCCAAUUCUGGUUCCCAGUGCAAAGAAGGCCAUAUAUAUGGACGAUGAUGUAAUUGUGCAAGGUGAUAUUCUUGCCCUGUACAAUACACCACUGAAACCAGGACAUGCAGCUGCAUUUUCAGAAGAUUGUGAUUCAGCCUCUACUAAAGUUGUGAUCCGUGGAGCAGGGAACCAGUACAAUUACAUUGGAUAUCUUGACUAUAAAAAGGAAAGAAUUCGUAAACUUUCCAUGAAAGCCAGCACCUGCUCAUUUAAUCCUGGAGUUUUUGUUGCAAACUUGACAGAAUGGAAAAGACAGAAUAUAACUAACCAGCUGGAAAAAUGGAUGAAACUCAACAUAGAAGAGGGGCUGUAUAGCAGAACACUGGCUGGCAGCAUCACAACACCACCUCUGCUGAUCGUAUUUUAUCAACAGCACUCCACCAUUGACCCUAUGUGGAAUGUUCGCCACCUUGGUUCCAGUGCUGGAAAACGAUAUUCACCCCAGUUUGUAAAGGCUGCCAAGUUACUCCACUGGAAUGGGCACUUUAAGCCAUGGGGAAGAACUGCUUCAUAUACUGAUGUCUGGGAAAAAUGGUAUAUUCCAGACCCAACAGGCAAAUUCAGCCUAGUCCGAAGACAUGUGGAAAUCUCAAAUAUAAAGUAAAAUAUAAACUAUGCUAUAAGCAUUUCUCAGGAAACCCUGGAAGACAGUAUGUGUGGGAAGUAAUACUUGCUAGGCUUCAAUGCCUGUCUGCAACAACCCAUGGAAAAAGGGACAUUUCAGCUGGGUAGAGGACAAACUGCCCCAUCUGGCCGUCAGCUUCCCAGACAAACUAUAAAUAUGCCUCCAUCUGCCUUACCAAGAGUUUGCUUACUGACAGUGCUGAACGACCAGAGGUGAAUGGACUUAAAAACGGCUGGUACAGCUAGUUCAACACUGCUGCUUGGUUUUUAAUUUUGGGACCUGUGGCCGAAUCUGUAAAUAAAGUGAAAACUACGUUUUUC